AAUGUGUUGCAAUGCCUUCUCAGUACAGUUCUAAGUUCACACCUCUCUCAGCUUGGCCACAUGGAUGCUUUUGUCAGAAAUACCUCCAUAUGUUCCAUGGCCUGUCACUAUCUAGUCCUGCUCUCCACUCUUGUCCAUUCAAUCCUUUCUCUCCACUAUGGCAUGCUCCCCACCUCUCCCUUCAUCCUUCAGGACGAGUCAGAGAGGAGCUGAUUGUCCUCUUCUGGGGUGAAGCAAAGUGAACAAUGCCAUCAUUUGCAAAGGAAGAAUUUUGUCAUGGAAAGGGUGGUCAGGCAUUGCAGGGGCUGCCCAGGGAGGUGCUGGAGUCCCCAUCCCUGGAGGUGUUCAAGGAACACCUGGAUGUGGCACUCAGUGCUCGGGGCUGAUUACAAGGUGGGGAUUGAUCACGGGCUGAACUCACUGGUCUUGGAGGUCUCUCCCAGCCCAAAUGGUUCUGGAAUUCUGUGUCUCUGAAAAGAGAAGAUAGCCUGUGCAACACAGGCUGCUUGGGUGUGGAGUGAUGAAAAACUAUGGGAAGUCCAUGAUGUCGUUGGAAAAGAAAUAUGCAGGAUUUGCUUUCUGCCAGGAUAGGCUGAUGCAACUAGUUCUUUCAGGAUCAGGCUGUUUAUAUUUUCUGCCUUUUUCCUACACCAUUCUUUCUUCCCCCCCCCCUAAACUACUGACCAUCACUGUGUAAAAUACAGACUUUCCAUAUGAAAGGCUUUUUUUAGGAAGUGGAACUUUCCAUACUUCUCUUUUUCAGCUGUGUACGGAGAGGGUGCUCGGGAGGGAGACACACAAACCUGUGCUGUGGCCAGGGAAGUUCUGGCAUAGCUCCAUUUAACCAUCUUCCUUACACUUGAAGAUCCUAAAGCUCCAUGUGAGUUUUACUGUUGUUCCUUACACUAAACAAUAAAGCAGUUCCCUGGGGGAAUACAAGGGAGGAGUUAGUGCAGGGUUAUUUUCUCUUUUUACUAGACCUUACUUCUUUGUUCUCAGUGAUGCUUUCAUGUAGCGGUGCACUGUUGUUUAUAGGAGGGAGAGACAGGGUGGGUACAUGUAUGUGUAUUUUUAGAAAGAAUCAUUGUGACAGGAGUUUCUUGUCCAAAAUUCUAAUUUUUCUGAGACAGACUUAAAUACUAGAAUGUUGUGAAUGCUCCACACUUAGAACCAGUGGUCUUCUGGCAUGGUAAGGACUUGGCUCUCUCUACUGGUUUUGCCUGUCUCUGUACAGGAUUAUGGCUGGGACAGAGUUAAUUUUCUUGACAGUGGCUGGUCUGGAUCUGUGUUUGGAUCAGCAAUGGAAGCACAGGAAUGUUGUAGCUGUUGCUGAGUGGUGCUUACACAACAUUAAGGCCUGUUCUGCUCCUCGCCCUGCCCCACCAGCAUGGGACUGGAGUGUGCAAGGAGCUGGGGGAGACGCAGCUGACCCUGACUGAGCACAGAGGUCUCCCACACUGGAGGAGGCCGUGCUCAGCAAUAAAAGCUGGGGAGGAAGGAGGAAUGGGGUUGUUCCCAAGUCACCAUUACGCGUGAUGGAGCCCAGCUUUCCUGGAAUGGCCGAACACCUGCCUGUGGUGGGAGCCAGGGAGUGAAUUCCUUUUGAUUUGCUUGCUUGUGCAGGUUUUGCUUUACCUGAUAAACUGCCCUUAUCAGAACCCAUGAGUUUUUGCACUUCCACCUUCUGAUUCUCGCCAUCCUGCUGCAAGGGGCCAACUCCCCCAGGGCCUGACCUCCAACAGGAAGCAGAGGCAGGAUGGAGUGAUGAAUCUCACCCCAACUCAUUAAUUCUGUGUCACCUGGCUGCCCCUUCCCUGCCCCAGUCUCUGAGCAGCCCACCUCCACAUGAGGACAAGUAUUUGUGCCUGGCACCAUUUUUUUUUUUGGCAUAACUAAAGCUGAUGAUUCAUGUAUGACACCCCAGGAGAGAGCAAUGAAUCAAUUGUAAAAGUGUAAAAAAUGGGCUUUUGUGAUCCGUGGGCUCUACCGGCUCCUGAGCGAGAAAUGGCACAGCUGACGUGUGUAAUGUAACAGGAGAAAGAGGUCACUGAAACGUGCCCCCCCUGCCAGCAGCAGCUGGUGCUAUGCCAAGAGUAACCCUAGAAAUUCUCCAUAAAAGAGCACAUUGACUCAGGUUCUACUAAGAAACUCAAGGAAAGCAACCCUACACCUUGCUAAUCUCUGCAUCUUGGUAAGCGCUGGAGUUGGGGCUGGUCUGGGGAAGCUGUGAUUUGAAAAGAAAUGCUGUGUAUUCGGGUGCUCUGGAAAUGUAGCAAUGUAGGUGAAGGAUCCUGGAGUGCUGAGGAUUUGGCCCCCCACCAACAGCAUACAAGGGUUAGAAGGGUGGCACUGUGUGUGGGGAGGGAAAGGGGACUACCAGGAGGUGCAUGGAUCACGGCAUGGCUAUAAAAGACCAAAGUAACAACAAUCUCCCCUAAUCCAAGGCUGGGAGAUGUGGGUACACUUUUAGUUGCCCAAAUGAGGAGAGCAUUAGCUUCAUCCCAGUAUGGGGAGCAGGGAGUUGACCCCACCUCCAGACUUGUGGGACAGAUUCUGCUCUCCCAGGGCAAAUUGCAACCAUCGUGUUAAGUCCUAGUGUACAGCAGCCUCAGUGGAAUCUAAAAUUCUUGCAUAAUACGAAUUGUAACAGUUGUUAAUGACACCAGAGAUAAAGCAUAAAAUAAUGCCCCUUUAGGGGCAAGAUUUCUCCCUCGCAAGGCCUGGAUACAGCCAAGUCUGUUAAGCUCUUAACCUCCAGCUACAAUAAUUGCAUUUUUACCAAAAAGUUUGAAGUCUAAAUGUUUUAAGAGGAAUUUUCCAUAGGUGAACACCAUUCCUGAUUUGCUGUUGUCCCUAAUUUGCUCUUGCCAAAUGUGUCCAGCAGGGAAUUCCUAUCCUUACCCAUUGAGCAAGAAGCAGAUAAAAGGGACAGCAGGCACUGACCAUGGCCCCUGGUGAUGUGAUGUUGUGCAGGGUGACAAAGGUCCUCCACCAGCCCUGGAUCCUACUGUGAGCCUCCCUCCUGCAGCCAGGGGAGAAAGGGAUCCCCUCUAAGGAAUCCCGGUUCAACCUUUCCUUCCCAGCAAAACUGCUGCAAACACAGUGUCCCGAGGCAGCUCUUUAUACCUGUGUUGAUGUCCUGCCAUACCAGUGCUUUUCAUGGCUUAUUAAUUAACUCCCACCCACUGCUGGGAACACCUAGCCACUCCCUUUGUCCUCACCCAUCCCAGACAUUUAUAGCAGUGAACGGAUGCUAGGAAUAGAGACUUGGCCACUGAGCGCCAGAGGAGACAAACAGGCACUGGAGUCGAUUUGCAAAAGGAGAUAUUUCCCAGCUUGCAGCAGCAUGAAAAGCCCUGGGUGCACUCCAAGGUAAGGGCAGAGGGAGCUGAGUGCUUGGGGUGCUGAACAAAAACUUGUUUUGCAGGAAGGUCUGGUUCAAGUCAUCCCUGGAAGUUGUUAAUAACCUAUAGAGUUAGUUACAAUUUGCUGCAGGGAAGGGAUUCAUUUUUCCAUUAGUAUUUCUUGCCUGUGUUCCAGGUCUUUUAAUUUAAAAGGACCUUGUUAGUUUGAUGCAGAUGUCUGUUAUUUUCGGCUUUAGCCAAAGGAACAAGAAGGGGGUCCCAAGCCUUAAAGCAUCUAAAGCUGCACCUCUAAGAGAGGUAGAUUUCCAUGUUUUCUUCCCAGAGGGGAGAUAGCACAGCAUGGGCUGGAAAGGCAAGUGGAACCUCUGGCACCAGCCCUGCCAAGCGCUCCGUGGGUUUUUUGGCUUCUGAGAAUUUUGUGUUUUAGCAGUCAGCUCCCAUGUGCUGCUCAAAGGUCUUCCAGGCUCGUUCAGGUAACCUCAGUACAGCAUUCAAAUUUGGGCUUUCUCUCUUGAACUUUGCUUCACCAGAUCUUAGAGUUAUUUUGCAACCUAAACAAUUCCAUGAUGCUGUGCAGAGACUUGCAGUGUUGUGACAAAGGGGGGUGUGUGACACUGAGGGAACACAGCUGAAGGCUCUCACAGAGAUGUGCCAGGGUGGUGGGGGCCAAGCAGGGGUGAAACCGCAGUGCAGGUUUGCAGGCAUAGAAUCAGAAUAUUCUGAGCUGGAAGGGAUCCACAGGGAUCAUCGAGUGCAACUCCUGUUCCUGCAAAGGACAACCUCAAAUGCCACACCAGGUGCAUGAGAGCAUUUUCCAAAUGCUUCUUGAUAUUCUCAUAAUUUCCAUUACAUGUAUUUGAAGCAUAGAGUGCCUGAAAUGUAAUCAUUCUCUGCAGAAUUUCAAACAGUUGUCAUAUCUUACUCAUUCUGGAAUGAAUGCUGGAAGCAAGGUCUGUAGCAAAUCCCACACUGGCCCUGUGCUGUUUUCUGGGAGAGCAGUCACACUGUGUUCGAAAUACUAUGUCUGCUCCAGGUGAAGAUCCUACAUGCUUUCUGUCAGUAAAAACAUUUCAAGAGCUCAUUUGUUUCCAAGCACAAGAUGUGCAGAAAUGAUGGAGGCUUGUUGUAAGAGGAGGGAAAGGUGCCAUCAGUUUCCUCUGUGAGAGAUUUGUUUAUUCAGCCACCUUAUUCCCACAGUGUGUGGGGGGAUGUCACACUGGAGCCAGUGACAGCCCUGCAAGUGCAACUGUGGGUGCCCAAGCCCAGGGGGUGAUGCGGGCAGGACUCCAUGAGUGCACUGGCCUGCACCCUGUGUACCUGCAACCCUCCUCUCAUCCCCAGGGUCUCUAUUUUCCCACACUCUUCCCUGGGAUCUCCCUGAUCCCUGCCCUUGGCUCCCCUAAAUUAAUAAAUGGACUGUUACUGCACCCAUUAAACUCAACAGAAAAGGUGCAGCAGGAGGAUGUCAGCUUAGGAAGGACCUCCAGGCAGGCAGGGUGAUGUGCUUUGGAAAAGCAUCAGAUAUAAGGCAGCCUCAGUUUAAAUGAAAGACCAGGAAGAUUGGUGCGGGGGCUGCAUGUAGCCUGUUCACUGCCCAUGGGCUCCUCUGCUUUCUUCUCUCAUCUCAUCUCCAAGGACAGGGGAUUGUCCCACUCCCAUCCUCCUAACAGGCCUGAGGCCAAAAAUUCAGGAAAUCUUGAUGAAAUCUUGCCGGCAGGUCUGUCUUGAAACUCUUCGAGGAGAAGCUGUGCUGCAAAUUCCUGUCAGAGGCAUGCCAGGUGUCUUAUCAUUUUCAGCUUCUGCCUGGGACUUUCCUGCCUCUCAGGAUUCUUCCAUAUGAAGAAUAAUAAUUACAGAAUCUCAAAGAGCCACGAGGAGCUGCUGAUCUCUCCCACGCUGUGCCAUGCCAAGACAAACGUCAUGUUCCUCAAAACCCACAAGACUGCCAGCAGCACUGUGCUCAACAUCAUGUUCAGGUUCGCAGAGAGGUACAACCUCACUGUCGCCCUCCCUGCUGACCAGCUCUUCCACCUGGGAUACCCAAGGACUUUCGUGGCCCACUUUGUGGAGGGCUUUGAAACCAUAGGCCAAAAUUACAACAUCAUGUGCAAUCACCUGCGGUUUAACCCCUCGGAGGUAAAAAAGGUGAUGGCAGCCAAUACCUUCUACUUCUCCAUCCUGAGGAACCCCAUUCCUCUGCUGGAGUCUUCCUACAUCUACUACAAGGACUCUGUGCCUGCCUUCAGGAGCUCCAAGAACGUGAACAAGUUCCUGGAAUCACCCACAAAGUAUUACCACCCAGCAGAUUAUAGGAAAAACAUCUACGCCAGGAAUAUCAUGUGGUUUGACUUUGGCUAUGAUAACAAUGCGGAGGAUGACACGAACUACACCCAGGCUGUCCUGGAGGAGAUAGAGCAGAACUUCCACCUCAUCUUGAUAGCAGACUACUUUGAUGAGUCCAUGAUCCUCUUGAAGCACACUUUGUGCUGGGAUCUGGAUGAUGUGAUUUACUUCAAGCUCAAUUCUAGAAGCCAGGACACUGUCCAGAUGUUGACACCAGAAAGUGAGGAGCAGAUAAAAGCGUGGUGCUCGCUGGACUGGAAGCUCUACCUGCACUUCAACCAGAGCUUCUGGAGGAGAAUUGAGCAGACCAUAGGGCUCGAGGUGCUGGAAAAGGAGGUGGAUCACCUGCGGAUCAGACAGAAGGAGCUCAUGGAGACUUGUCUCUCAGAGCAGGAGGCAGUGAGGAAGGAUCACAUCAGGAAUAAAGCUCUCUUGCCUUUCCAGUCAGGGGCUGCAAAUAUCCUGGGUUACAACCUCAAACAAGACUUGGACAACACGACUCUGAGAACCUGCCAGAAAAUGGUCAUACCAGAGCUCCAGUACACGUCCUACCUUUAUGCUGUCCAACACCCACACAAGAAGAGGAAAGAUGUGGGGUUGCCAUUGCUGUGGACCAGUCUCCAGGAGAAGAUGCAGCUUCCAGGGUCCAACUAGGACAUAUGGCAACCCACUGUGGCUUCCCACUGCUUUGCAUCACCCCUUGUCUGACAUGUAACUGACCCACAGGACUCUUGUGCAUGAGAGGGAUGCAGUGGGGGCUUUGUUUAGGGACACCAAGUUGGUGGUUGGUCUCUUUUUGGGGACCUUGAGCCAAAGGCUUUGCAUUGUCCAGAUCCUGGGUGAUCCCACCUGCCUGCUCCUGGCUGGAGGGAGCCAGGCUGGCUGCAGCCGGCCAAGACAUUCCAGCCUCUUAAUCAUUAAUCAGGAGUGUGAUCAUUUGC